UGCAUGCACUUCACCUUUGAGAACGGAGUGGGAAGGAAGAAGAAAGAACAAAGAGAAAAAGAACAGCAAAUGGAGGCCAAAGGGAUCCUCAGGAGCGCUGCUCUACAAAAUUACGUCGAGAUGAACGCGUAUCCAAGGGAGCACGAGCAGCUGAAGAAACUUCGAGAAGCCACGGUCGAAAAAUAUGCCAAUCUAAGCAAAAUGGAGAUACCAGUGGACGAAGGCAAUUUCCUGUCGAUGCUUAUAAAGAUUAUGAACGCCAAGAACACUAUAGAGAUCGGCGUUUUCACUGGUUACUCCUUGCUCGCAACUGCCCUCUCGUUGCCUGAAGAUGGUCGUGUUAUAGGGAUAGAUCCCGAAAUUCGAUAUUACGAAUUGGGUCAACCGUUCAUAAAAAAGGCGGGUGUAGAUCACAAGGUCAACUUCAUUCACUCGGCUGCUCUCCCUGUUCUUGACGAAAUGUUGAAUGACGAGAAGAAGCAGAAACAGGAGUUCGACUUCGCCUUCGUGGAUGCAGACAAACACAACUACCAAAACUACCACGAGAGACUGUUGAAGCUCGUGAAGGUCGGGGGAGUGAUCGCGUACGACAACACGCUGUGGUUCGGAUUGGUGGCCGAGGACGAGGACGAGGACGACGGCGAAGACAGGUUCCCAGAACAGAUGAGGGCCAUUACAAGACACAUAAGGGACUUCAACAGGUUCCUGGUCUCCGAUCCACGUGUCGAGGUCUCUCUCCUAUCGAUCGGUGAUGGCAUCACUCUCUGCAGACGGAUCGUCUGAUAUGAAUUUCCAAAAGAAUUUAUUUUUAAUGUUUUAUUUUCUUCUUUUUUCCAUUAAAGAAACUACGCAUUGGGUUUCUCUGUGCUGUAAUGUCCGUCUUCUCCUACAUGACAUGAAUAAACCCCAUAAGAUAUUGUACCAAUGUUUUGUUUGGA